AUGUCGGGUGUAUGGGUUUUCAAGAAUAACGGUGUGAUGCAACUUGUCGAGAAUUCGACGACUGAGCAUGCCGCGAAAAAGAAGGUUCUUAUACACUUGCCGACUGGUCAGGCUGUCUCGUCAUAUUCUUGUCUGGAGCAAAUCUUGAAGGGUUUAGGGUGGGAAAGGUAUCGUGGUGGCGACCCUGAUCUUCUCCAAUUCCACAAACGUUCAUCGAUCGAUCUAAUUUCUUUGCCCAAAGACUUUGCCAAGUUCAACUCUAUCUACAUGUACGAUAUUGUCGUCAAGAAUCCGAAUAUCUUCCAUGUGCGCGAGAUGUAG